AUGGGAAAAGCCUUCCUAUUUCUUGCUUGUCUUGUUUUGGCAACUCAAGCAGUUGACAAUGAUCCGGAGAUCGAGAUGAAUGCGCCUGAAAUCAUUGAACGAUGGGGCUACCCGGUAGAGAUUCACACAGUUGAAACAACCGACGGUUAUUUGAUCGACAUUCACCGAAUCCCGGCUGGGAAGAAUCAAGUGCAAACUCCGAACAAGCCAGUCGUCUUCAUGCAACAUGGUUUCAUGUGUGAUUCAAGCAACUGGAUCGUCAAUUUGCCAGAUCAAUCAGCCGGAUUCCUCUUUGCCGAUGCUGGCUACGAUGUUUGGCUUGGGAAUGUCCGUGGAAACACAUAUGGAAAGAAGCACAAGACUCUUAAUCCAAAAUCCGAGAAAUUCUGGGAGUUCUCAUUUGAUGAACAUGCCGCUAUCGAUCUUCCCAAUGAAAUCGACUAUGUUUUGCAGAAAACCGGGCAAAAGUCGCUGAACUACAUUGGACAUUCUCAAGGUACGUUGACAAUGUUUGCCCACCUCUCCGAAGAUCAAACUUUUGUCUCAAAGAUCCAAAAUUUCUUUGCGCUGGCUCCGAUUGGGACGAUGACACACGCUCUUUACGUGCUUUUUGGAUCGGGCGAGUUUUUGCCGUCGAACAAUUUUAUGAAAGUAAUCAGCAAAGACUUUUGUGGCACCAACCCGACGAAUGACUACUGUGACAAUCUUCUCUUCUUGAUCAGUGGCCCAGAGAGUACGCAAUUCAACGAUACCCGAGUUGCCGUUUACACCUCACAAACUCCAGCGGGUGAAAAAUUCGACUAUCAAGACCCAAAGAAGAACCAGAAGAAAUAUGGACAGGACACUCCACCCGCUUAUGAUUACUCCAAGGUGAAUGCGCCAACUCAUCUCUUUUGGGGUGAUCAAGAUUAUUUGGGAGAUCCAAUGGACAUCAAGAAUUUCCUCAUUCCAACUUUAAAGCCAGAAUUUGUAAAGACGAAUGUCGAGCUGAAAAAUUACAAUCAUAUGGAUUUCAUUUGGGGAUUGAGUACUCCAACAGAUGUCUAUGCGCCAAUUCUGAAAACGAUCCAAGCAAGCAAUCAGGGACGUUUCCAGAGACAU